UGUUCCCUUUCAAAAGCAUUCAUUCUCGGAUCAAGCAUUGUUCUAAAAAAAAAAAUUGUGGUGUCUCUGCUUUUUCUAAUCCAUGAGACCAAGCAGCGCAAUUUUUGGUCAAGGACUAUUACAUACCUUAUAAUUAUAUUUCAAAUAUACGUCCAAUUAUAAGCUUCUUGUCACAUCAUAAUAUUAUGCUUAGAAUUUGUUUACACUAGUAGAGAUUUUGAAACAAUACACUAGCAACUAUUAUAACAAACACAAAUAUAUAACAUUGCUGAUUUUUAUCCUUAAACUAUAUUUGUGAGACACAAGACAUCAUUAACAACAACAAAAACAACAGUAACAGAAAAGGAAGAAGAAGAAUAAGAUGUCAGGCUCAAAAGAUCCAUUAGUGAUAUCAUUCGGCGAGAUGCUCAUAGAUUUUGUUCCUGAUACAUCUGGUGUAUCCUUGGCUGAAUCUUAUGCUUUCAUCAAAGCCCCUGGUGGUGCCCCUGCCAAUGUGGCUUGUGCUGUGUCCAAACUUGGUGGAAAUGCUGCCUUCAUCGGCAAGGUAGGAGAUGAUGAGUUUGGAAGGAUGCUAGCUGACAUCCUGAAGAAAAAUGGGGUGAAUACAGAUGGUGUUCUUUUUGACACAGAGGCAAGAACUGCAUUGGCUUUUGUGACAUUGAGGAAAGAUGGAGAGAGGGAGUUCAUGUUUUAUAGAAACCCUAGUGCUGAUAUGUUACUGAAAGAAUCUGAAUUGAAGAUGGAUAUGAUUAAGAGUACAAAGAUAUUCCAUUAUGGAUCCAUUAGUCUUAUUUCAGAGCCAUGCAGAUCUGCUCAUAUGGCUGCCAUGAAAGCUGCUAGAGAAGGCGGUGCUUUGUUGUCCUAUGAUCCAAAUGUGAGGCUCCCUUUGUGGCCUUCUGCUGAUGCUGCUAGGUCUGGAAUCAAAAGCAUUUGGAAUGAGGCUGAUUUCAUCAAGGUAAGUGAUGAUGAAGUUCAAUUUCUUACACAAAAAGAUCCUGAGAAUGAAGAAGUUGUCAUGUCUCUGUGGCAUGACAAGUUGAAGCUGCUUAUUAUCACUGAUGGAGAGAAGGGUUGUAGAUAUGUCACUAAGAAUUUUAAAGGAAGGGUAAGUGGAUUCUCAGUGAAGGCAAUUGACACAACUGGUGCUGGUGAUUCUUUUGUUGGUGCACUUCUCAGAGAUGUGGCAAGAGACACUUCUAUAUUUGAGGAUGAACCAAAAUUGAGAGAGACAUUGACAUUUGCAAAUGCCUGUGGAGCAAUGUGUACAACACAGAAGGGAGCCAUUCCUGCACUUCCAACUGCUGAAGAGGCUCAGAAAUUUAUUUCCAGCUCUAAAGCCAAAUAAGAACUUGCAAAUGCUUUGAAAUUUGAUGAUGGUCCAGAGGACUAGCUAUAUUCAUUUUCAUUUGAGAGUUUUUUCCUUUAAUAAGACCUUCAUACAAUGACUUAUAAAGUGUUGUUUCUAUUUAUGAAUAAUAAUAAACAACUUAUUUUUGUUUCUUA